AUGCUCCACGCCGCACGGAGGCGGACACCGCCGCUCUCUGCCAGGUUCGCCGCCGCCGCCUUCUUCUCCGCCAAGCCCGAUCCCCAGCCGCCUCCUCUCUCGCCGCGGCUCGUCGAGGCCGCCGUCUCCCGCUGCCCCUCCGACGCCCUCGCCGUCACCUUCUUCCUCUGGUGCGCCCGCCGCCCCGCCUACUUCCACCCGCCCUCCUCCUUCGACCGCGUCCUCCCCGCCGCCGCGCGCCUCGCCUCCCGCCUCCGCACCGCGCCCGCGCUCCUCCACGAGCUCCACAGCCUCGGCUGCCCCAUCAGGCCCCACACCUUCCUGCUCCUGCUCAGGCUCUACUGGCGCGGGGGCAUGUACCCGCUCGUGCUCCACCUGUUCGACCAAAUGCCCCUCUGGGGCUUCCACCACAACGCCUUCGCGCGCAACGUCGUCCUCGACGUCCUGCUCAGGACAGGCUGCGUCGACGGCGCGCUGCGCUUCCUAGGAGACAACCCGUCGCCCAACUACCUCACCUACGCCAUCGUCCUGACCCAUCUCUGCAGAGCUGGGGAUUGGCCAGGGGUGCGCGCAUGCUUCACGGCUAUGCUGAGCCAAGGUUUUCUCCCGAGUGCCGCUUCCCUCGCCUCGGUUUUCGCCUGCUGCAGCAAGGCUGGCGCAAUGCACGAGCUGCUGCAGUUGCUGUCGUACGCGCUGGUCUCGGGCCAGCAGCUCACUUCGGCCAUGUGGACAUGUCUCGUCGCUCGUAUGUGCUCCGAGGGAAGGCUAGACGAGGCCUGUCGGAUGCUGGGAAAUAUGAUGCGUUCUGGCUCGUCUCCCACGGUGGUGACUUACACACCCCUCAUCAGAGGUCUCUUCCGAGCUGGGAGGCAUGCCAAGGUCGGCCAGCUUUUGGGGUCCAUGGCGUCCAACAGCUGCAACCCAGACCUUGUUCUGUAUAAUGUUCUGAUGGACUGCAUGAUGAGGGAGAAGAGAUAUCAUGAGGCCAUAGACAUUUACCUGCAUCUUCAUGGGAGCCAGAUGAAGCCGGAUGCGUACACUCUCUCUACUUUGGUUCAGGUAUUGCAGUUGUCACGGAACAUACAUCUUCUUCCUAGGUUGAUCUUUGGCACGAGAAUCUCCUACGAUCUUGUGGCUUGCAAUUCUGUGAUGAGUGCUCUGUGCAAGUCCGGGUUUCCAUCCGAAGCCCUUCAGUUUUACAUUGAUAUGAUCGGUUUGGGCAUCACGCCAGACAGCUACACUUAUGUUGGAUUGGUGGACAGUUUAUGUGAGCUCGGAAGGAUAGAUCAUGCGAUCAAUGUCUACCGCAAUGUUGUCAUAAGCAAUCCUGACUCGGACGCCUACGUUCAUGCAGCCAUCCUCCGUGGUCUUGUUAGAAGGGGCCAAAACCAUAUGGCGUAUAGAAUUUUCAGGGAGGCUGUGCGUCAAAAUUAUGCACUUGAUGUUGUGUGCUACACCACUGUUCUGCAUGGUCUUUUCCGAGCUCGUUUGGUUGAAGAGGCUCGUGAUUUGUUUGACAAGAUGAAGGAUUCAGGAAUUAUUUCCAACACUUGCACGUACAAUGUAAUGCUUCGUGGACUUUGCAGAACCAGGGAUAUGCUUGCAGUCACACAGUUACUUACAGAAAUGGAAUGUGCCGAUGUUGAGAUGGAUAGUAUCUCAUUCAACGUGCUAGUUGUGCUCUUAGUGAAGUUGCAACGUAUCAGUUCGGCAAAAGCUUUGAUCAGAGAAAUGCUCAACCUAGGCAUGAAACUUAGCACCAAAACUUGUUGGUUAAUCUCUCAGUCAAUUGGUCAUAGAUUCGUCUUGGAGGAUACUACCAUUGCUGAAAGUGAGGGAUCUGACUCAACUAGUGAUCUGCUUGUAUGCUCAGCUUCAUAGUCAACUGUUAGACUGAACAAACAUUCUUUAUCUGGUAUCUAUUAAUGAUGCAGACAAAAUACAAACUACUAAAGGCUGGACAGGCCCUAAUUGAAGUCCUGCCACGCAGAGGUGCUUGCUAUACCAUUUCCCCCCCUUGUAGCGUCCAACAGAAUAUACAAUUAUUAUUGAAGAGAUCUUUACCUUAUAGCUACAGACCUUUUGAGUAUCAUCGUUCCAUUAUGUUGAUAUAUUUAAAGAUCUCCUUAAUCUUUUGGUUCAACUCAGAUGCAGGUUGGUGAGACAUAUGAGCUGUUUGAAUUAACAGAGAAUGAAGCUGUUUGUUCUUAUCAAUAUUGUAUUGUUCCAUGACACGAUGCCGCAGUUCUCUAUUUCAAGAGGCUUACACCUAAAUGAUUUUGCCAAAUGGCCCAUGGACUAGAUUUAAAAGGAACUGCAGAUGAACCCACCAUGUAAUGCAGAAUGUGGUUCAUAUGGUGCUCUUCUGGCCUGCUGCAAACUGUUCUUCAUGUUGUACUAUUGUCUUUGGCAACUAGUCUGCGAAUCCAACAAGAGCUAUGAAGCUUCAGCAUGAAUUGGGUCAAGGGAAAGUGAAUGACCCACCACCUAACUGUGAGUUGGCAGCUGCUGAUGGAGGAUUGAUUGCGAUCCAGAGCAAUGAAAUAGUGAUGGAAACUAGUCCAGCCCAGACAUACACAAUGGUGGGUGUCCUGCCUCUCCUGCCCAUGAGCCCCUUUGCAAAUGGAUAUAAAUGGGCAAGCACCCAGAAGCUGAAAAACACUCCACCAAGAAGCUUGCUCCAUUGAGGAAUUGUGCUGUAAAUUGUCCGGCUGAAGCCAACAGCAAUAGCAACAAGGUUGAUCAUGAUGAUCGUGAGAGGUGGUAUCAUCAAUGAAGUCCACUUCACUUCAUAGAGGUCUGCAAAUUCAUCAUCCACAUCAUCGCUCACUGUCUUUGAUGUGAGUGUGAAUGAGAUCUCAAUCCCUGCAACAACUUUCAGUAACCCUUGCAUAACUGCAGCUAGGUGAGCACUAGUUCCACCAAUAAGCCAGAAUUGUUCAUUCCUCCACCACUCUUCAAGUGCAAUCCCAGACCACUUGAUCUCCAACAUGGCCAGGAGACAUAGUGUGACAGUGAUGAUAAGUAGGUAUACCAGGAAGGUGACAUUGAGUGUUUGCACAAUGAACUGCCCUGAGAAAAGGGAGAGUGCUGGAAGGAAGCAGUAUACAAUGAGGAAGAUGGAUGUGAAGGGGUAUAUGCCAACAUUGAGGUAUGCGAUCCUUUGUAGUACCUGUUGAAACAGAAAAGGUUUGUCAGAUUUUCAGUGAGUCUACAUUAGUAAGGAAUAGAAAGUCUUGAGGGACAUAGUUACAUAUACCUUCAUUUUGGAACUGGCAAGCAAUGCAUUGUUUCGAGAGAAAAAGAUCUCGACAGAACCAGUAGCCCACCGAAGCACCUGGUGAAGGCGAUCUGUGAGAUUGAUAGGGGCGGUACCACGGAAGGCAUCACGCUGCGUGACACAGUACACUGACUUCCAUCCACGAUUAUGCAUACGGUACCCUGUCACAACAUCCUCAGUGACAGAUCCAUAAAUCCACCCCACACGAAUGCCCCACUCUGUCUUCUCCUCAUACCAGCAUGAAACCACACUGAUUGCUUCUGCCACAAUGGAUGCAUCCAGUAGUUCACGUGGAAUUGUUAGAGCACCAGGUGGACGCCCAUUCUUGACAGAUGGAUGAUCAGCCAAGGGCCUUCCCUGGAACUCUGCUACUGGGAUGGAGUCAAUCAGAAAGCUUGAAUUUCCGAACUUCUUCGGGAAUGUGGCAAGGUUCAUGCUGUCCCCAUCAAAAUCACCCAUACGGAGAGCCAUUGUCUCCUCGGGGUUAGCAUUGGAAGCAGAUGUCUUGCGGCGUCGUGGGAGGCAGCAACCACAAAAGCCUGGGCUGUGAUCCUUGGAACGAGGUGGGUCAAAACCAUAUAAGGCAAUUCGGCGGAAGAGGCAUCCAGUACCAACAUACACUGGUCCUUGCAGACCAUCAAGAGCACGCAUGUUGAUAUCAAAGAAAACAGUAUUGUGGUUAGCAUAUCGGUCAGAAGGGUCAAUUCCUUCAAACCGCUGAGGGAACUGCACGUAGCACAAGCGGUCACCACCACGGUCCAUCAUGAAGCACAUGCCCUCCCUGAAGGCCUUUGAGUUGUAGACGUAGUGAUCACAGUCAAGAUUAAGAAUGAAGGGACCAUUCGACAUGAUGGCAGAUGCACGAACUAAUGCGUUCAUGGCACCUGCUUUCUUGUUGUGAUCAUAUCCCGGACGUUUCUCUCGUGACAUGUACACCAGCAUUGGAAGUCUUGUAUCCACUGCUGAAAAGUCAAGAGAUGACUUUUCAAUGUUCCCAUACAUUGGCAUGUCCCUUGGUGGUUUCAGCAUAACCUGUGAUAGAAGACAGAUCAUGUAAAUAGCUAAAUAUAGGUUUAUACCAGAAAUAGUUUUUAUGUGAUCAUCAUUGAACCGGUACCUGUAUGAUUCCUGCAUGAUCUCCUCGUGCAUGAUCUUGUGACGAAUGAAGCCAUGUACCAGGCCAGUGAGUGCUAUCAGCCAUCCAUGUUGCCUUGGGAAUCUUCACUGGCUGAAAUUGCUCAUCGCCUCCAGCUUUUAUCUUUUCCCUCUGAAGGUUCAUUGCCUGGAUUUCCUCGCGGGCAUGGUAUGCAUCAGAACGGCGCCGAAUGGCAUCUGGCAAGCCAUUAACACGGACCUUGAACUCGUCAUACUCACGCUUGACCCUUCUCCUGUCCUUGACAAAGUCGGCCUUCACCUUAUUCUUGAAAGGAUCUCUCUUCAGGUUGAAGUAGCUGUCUGGAUUCCUUGGUUCAAUGUCAUGCUUCCUGCAGAAUGGCACCCAGAGAUUAGCAAAGCUUGCUGCUUCAGCCAUCGCCUCGAAGGUUAGCAAUGCUCCCCCAUCAUCUGACACAUAACAUGCAAGCUUAUCGACAGGGUAGUCAACUGCAAGGAUGGAGAGAAUUGUGUUCGCUGUGACCAGGACUGGCUCCUUCUCUGGAUCAGCAGUUGACACGAAGAUAUCAAUUCCUGGGAGAUCAGAUUUGCCUGUUGGAUUGUUGGGUGUUGGUGUCUCAAAUUUUUCCUUAAGCACAGAGAGAUCUGUAGCACGGUUAAUAGGACAAAGCUUUGGAAGCUGGUCUAACACCCAUGAAAAUGCGAACCAGAGCUCACAAACAAUUGACAUUCCCCAGAGCCAGAUAGCAUCAUUAUUAACAUGCUUAAUACGCCACAUGAGGAAGAAGGCCAGUGCAACCAAGCGGAUGAGAACAAGAAGCCUGCAAGCAAGAGACAGUUCAGACAAGAGGAAGGUAUCACAACAUGGCAAUACACCUAUGAAUCUAUGUAAGCUUGGGAUCUCCAUAUUAUCUUUUCAGUUGCAAUAUGUGAACUUUCAACAGUUAUGUGACAGAACACAUUUAACUAGUCCAUGUACACAUGCUAUGGUCUCUGGAAGCAAUUUACAAGCUCACUUUAUACAGGCACACUUUUUAA